AUGCAUAUUUCUCAGGCCAUGCGCCAGCCACGCCAUGCCACGCCGCCACUCCCAUUGCUGGUUUUGCUGCUGAUGUGCUGCGCCACUGCGUGUAUUGCCGCUACACCCGCCACACAAUACCGCCGUGGAUUGGACGAGAUGAUGAGGAGCGGCCCGCUUUCGACUGCGGUGGUGCGCGAGGUGCCGCGCAAGGGACAGGGAACCAUGCAGGCGUACACCGUCGCCACACAGGAUGACAACAGCGGCUGGGAGCCGAUCCGCAUCGAGGUGUUCACGGAUGGACUGAAGAGCACGAGGAGGAAAGAGACGUACUGCCAAAGGGUUGGGGUUGAGUGCGACAACCUCUUGGGGGAGCAGAUAACUUGUAAAGAAGAGCAUGUAUUGUCGGAAGCAAAGAAACAAUUGUACACUGAGAAGAUUCUUCCCGGUGCUGUCAAACUGCACUCUGAGCGACUACUUGUGAAACCCACUGGAAGGAACAUAACCGUGCCGAAUACUUUGAAUGAACCGUGCAACCACUUUACGCUUCCUGUUGAGCACAGGAGAUACGGCGUGGCUGCUGACUUUAUCAUCUACGCUUUUGCUGGGCCAUCAGGCACGAAGAGCAGGGUUGUGUGGGCGGCAACGUGUAACAAAUGGGAAGAUCUUCGCCCCUCCAUUGGCGCCAUGAACUUUGAUCCAAAGUACAUGACUGACACGGCGUGGAGCGUUCGCGUUGCCGCACACGAAAUUGCGCAUGCACUUGGGUUUAGUAAAGAGAGUAUGGAUGAAAAGAGCAUAUUGAAGAAUUCAGCUAACAUUGUGCGUGAUAAGGUCCGCAGGAUGGUGGCAGGGGAUCACGUUCAGGCGAAGGCGAAAGCGCACUUUGGCUGUGAGACUCUCGAGGGCAUGGAGUUGGAGGACGAAGGCGGCACUCGGGAAAAGGCGAUCCCUCACUGGAAGGGACGCCACGCGCGGGACGAGCUGAUGGCUCCCACAGUUGGUGCCGGCUACUACACGGCGCUGACGAUGGCGGUGUUUGCGGAUAUGGGAUACUACAGCGUGAACUGGAGCAUGGCGGAGCCGAUGGGCUGGGGCAACAGCACCGGCUGCGACUUCCUGGAGAAGAACUGCAAUGCAACCGAGAAUCUUGCCGGCAAGUAUCCCCACAUGUUCUGCAAUGACUCCGACAAAGAGACGCUCCGCUGCACCUCCGACCGCCGUCACGUUGGGACGUGCACCGCAACCAUCGUUGAAAACGAGGGGAGUCUGGCGGAAAAGGACCUUUGCCCUGUUGUUUCUUCGUACUUUCACGAAAAAUCGUCUGGGAUAAAGUACAGGACGUGCUCGGACGAAAAUGUGGAUUAUCUCCCUGGGUCGCUGACUGGCGGUGACUCGUGGUGCCUGGACGCGGAAUUACUGGAGACGAAGGACGGUAAAAAUAAAAACGUCAAAGGAGUGUGCGCGCAGGUGUUGUGUGGAGAGGGCACAGUGAAGGUGAAGUACCUCGGCAGCAGCGGUUUUCAGCCUUGCCCUGAGGACACUGAAAUCUCAGUGACGUUGAAAGAUUUUAAGAAAGAUGGGAAGAUCAAGUGCCCGAAGUACGUUGAGGUCUGCACCAUUGCCGCCAACGGCAGCAGUCUUGUCAUUCCGAGUGUGUUGGAGGAUGACAAAGGAGAAGAGCAAGAGGAGCAAGUAGAAGUGUCUGUGGCUGCUCCGGCGUUGUCCCCUGCAGAAGAACCUCAUGCAGAAGCGUAUUCCCCAGGUCAACCUCAUGCAGAAAGUAAAGCACAAGCGUCUCCUGCAGAAGAACCUCAUGCAGAAGCGUAUUCCCCAGGUCAACCUCAUGAAGAGGAACCACGUGCAGCAGCGUCUUCUACCGAAGAACCUCAUGCACAAGCGUCCACCGCAGAAGAAUCUCAUGCAGAAGCGUCCAUUGCAGAAGAAUCUCAUGCAGAAGCGUCCAUUGCAGGCAAAACUUCUGAAGCUCCAGUGGUUCAAACGACCUUGCAGCAGCCUCAAAAAGAAAGUAAAGCAGGGCAAAAUGCAACGGUGGGGGAAUCUGCCAACACAGAGCACGUGUUCGUGGGUUGGAACUCCCAUGCCGUUGGAGAAUCAACGGGUGAUGCGUGCACUGUUUGCAGAAGCGGAAUGCUGCUUCUGCUUCUUCUGUUGGGACUAUGGGGGUUUGCAGCUCUGUGA